AUGAAGAAGAUCAAAAAGGACCUGAAAAUUGCACCUUGUGGCCACAAAUAUUGCCUGCCAUGUAUUGUUCACAUGUGUCGUCUUGCGCUGGAUGACCGUGCACUUGUGCCAUUGCGUUGUUGCAAGAAGGAGCUGCCCAAUGAUUACGUACGUGAAGCAUUAGUCAAGCAUGAAGACUACACCAAGUAUGAACAGCUUAUGAAUGAGAAAGAUUGGAAGGUAUCGGAUCUCACAUCCGACGUUGAAUACUCGGCAAUUGUUGAGGCCAUGGGAGCUAAGCAAUGUCCUGGCUGUGGUAUUGGUGUACAGCGUGAUUUUGGAUGCGUGCACAUGACGUGUCCCAAUGGACACCAGUUUUGCUACACGUGUCUGGGCCUAUGGGGCUCUUGCAAUUGUCCAUUGAUCCCAGAGGAUGAGCUACGAACUAUUCUUGGAGAGUGA